UUGCUAGACAUUCCUCUCUUUUCCGUCUAUUAUUCUUCUUGCUUGUGACCACUGACACCUUGGCCGGACGCACUGUGUUCAAGCAACAUGGCACACCCUAUCCAAGCAAUUCAGGAGAUGGCUGGCGCGGCCGGCGUCGAUCCGAGACCAAUGCAGCGAUCAAGCGUCUUCCAAGGUCUCAACCAAGGUCCAGCAGUUACAGCGGCCAUGAUAAGUGGUGUCAUAGCUGGAGGCAAGCGUGCUGACGACGCGCCGUACCACACCAACAACGACGGUAUUCCGUGGCCAGAUCCAGCCCACAGCAAGACUAUUGGGGGUAUUCCCGUUGCGUCGGAUGUCUUCUUGUUCCAGAAACAGCAGGCCUUCAACAGACACAAACUCCUGGAGAGAAUGGUUCAUCCUUGCGGCAGUGGUGCGUUCGGAUACUUUGAGACGACCAAGGACGUGUCUCAUUUGACCAAGGCACACUUCCUCCGCAGCUCUGGUGUCAAGACCCCAAUUUUCAUCCGCUACUCUACCGUCACCCUCGGUCGAGAGUUCCCAGAUUUGGCCAGAAACCCUCGAGGCUUUGCCGUCAAGUUCUACACCGGGGAGGGCAACUACGACAUUGUCGGGUUGAACUUCCCGAUCUUCUUCUGUCGUGAUCCCAUUCAAGGUCCAGACACCAUCCGCAGUCAAGGAAGAAGACCAGACAACUUCCUCCUGGACUACAAUGCUACAUUCGACUUGUUGGCUCAUACACCUGAAGGAAACCAUGCUGGCAUGAUGUUCUUCAGCGACCAUGGAACCCCUGCCGGAUGGCACUCUAACCACGGCUACGGUUGCCACACUUUCAAAUGGGUCAACAAGGAAGGAAAGUUCGUGUACAUCAAAUACCACUUCCUCGCAGACGGUGGACAGAAGCAGUUCACUCGUCAGGAGGCCGUCGAACUGUCUGGUGUCAACCCCGAUUACUCCAAGCAAGAGCUCUGGGAGGCCAUUGAGCGUGGCGACCCAAUUUCGUACACGGCCCACGUCCAGGUCAUGGAGCCAGAACAGGCCGACCCCGAACAGCUGGGUUUCGAUCCAUUCGACAUUACCAAGGUCUGGCCAAAGGACCAAUUCCCUCUGCAAGAAUUCGGCAAACUGCACGUGACCAAGAACCCAGAGAACUACCACCGCGAUGUCGACCAGGCCGCCUUCUCGCCAGGUGCCAUGGUCCCGGGUAUCGAAGACAGCCCGGACCCAUUGCUUCAGUUCCGCAUGUUCUUCUACCGCGACGCCCAGUACCAUCGUAUCGGAGUCAAUUACCAUCAGAUCCCAGUGAACUGCCCCUUCAUGUCCGCCAGCAUGUCGUCCCUCAACUUCGACGGGCAAAUGCGCAUCGACGCCAACCACGGCGGCAACCCAGACUACGCGCCCAACUCGUACGAGCCCGUGUCGAGGUUUAGGAGCGAUGUGGCUGAGACCCCCUACAAGGUCGCCGACCCGAUCAUGAGCCGCAAAUCGCAUUUCUACCACGAAGGCAAAUUGUCCGACUACGACCAGCCGCGCGCGCUGUACGAGAAGGUCAUGACCGAGACGCAGCGCCAGCAUUUGCAUUCCAACACCGCCGUCAUGCUGGGCCAUGUCUCCGACACGAAGAUCCAGGUUCUGUAUCUGGCGCAGCAGUACAACAUCAAGCCUAGCUACGCCAAGGCUAUUUACGAUCUAUUGCCCCAGAAGAAGUUUGAGUUUAGCGAGGUUGAGGCCGCGAGUAAGGGAGCCGAAAAACGCACUAAGACGCCCAAGUUCAUGCCUAGUGCUGGUGAGAGGUUGAUGGGUAUGCCUGCUCCGGGCGUUUACAACGUGUAGAUACGGGUCGAGGGCCUCGAAAACUGCCGGACAGCUGGCACGUGAGAGACAAUGG